AUUACAAAUACGAUAAUUUUGUUUUUGUUUUUGUUUUUGGUUUGGACACUAUCCACUCCCUACUCUCUCUACUUUGCAGAAGCAGAAGCAGAGUAACACACUUUGCAACGUUCUGAAUUCUGAUUAUUAUGUAAAAUCAGAGACACAGAAACAGAAAGAGAAAGAAAAGAGUAGUGCCAUGAAACAAACAACAAACAAUGCAACAAACACAAACACCUUAUCUGCUUUGAACAUGAACAUGCCUCACACACAAGAAGAGGAAGAAGAAGAAGAAGAAGAAGAAGAAGAAGAAGAAGAAGAAGAAGAAGAAGAAGAAGAAGAGGAUGAUGAUUCUCCCUCCUUCUUCGAUGCCCUUCUCUGCGAAGAAGAGAAGAACAUUCUCGAUGAUGAUGACAACCACCAAAGCCUUCUCAUGGACAAUCAUAAUCAUCAUCAUCACUUGUUAUGGGAACACGACCACAUCCUCUCUCUUCUCUCCAAAGAGACACACACUCACACCAUUAAUGCUUUUCUCGAGGCUCCACGAAACGACGCCGUCUCCUGGAUUUGCAAAGUUAGCUGCUUCUAUGGCUUCACUGCUUUGACCACUGUACUUGCAGUCAACUACUUCGACAGGUUCGUCACAAGCCUAACAUUUCAGAGGGACAAGCCAUGGAUGACUCAGCUCACCGCUCUUGCGUGUUUAUCUCUUGCUGCCAAAAUGGAAGAGAUCCAUGUUCCACUUCUCUUGGACCUCCAAGUGGAGCAACCCAAGUUCUUGUUCGAAGCCAAGACUGUUCAGAGAAUGGAGCUUCUUGUGUUGUCUACACUCCAAUGGAGGAUGAACCCUGUCACCCCAAUUUCCUUCUUUGAACACAUUGUUAGAAGGAUUGGUUUGAAGACCCUUUUGCAUUGGGAGUUCUUAUGGAGGUGCCAGCGUGUUCUUCUUUCUGUCAUUCCCAAUUCAAGGUUCAUGGGUUAUCUCCCUUCUACAUUGGCUGCUGCUACCAUGAUCCAUGUUAUUAAAGAGAUUGAACCGUUAAAUGCAAUGGAAUACAUAAAUCAACUCAUGGGGUUACUCAAGACUAGUGAGGAACAAGUGAAUGAGUGCUACAAACACAUAGUGAAACAAUUGGUUUUGAAUCAUGAAGGCAUUUACAAUCUUUGCCAAAAACGCAAACGGAUAUCCGAACCAAGUAGCCCCGGGGGUGUAAUUGAUGCAUCAUUCAGUUGUGACAGCUCAAAUGAUUCAUGGACAGCAGCAUCUUUGAUCUCUCCUUCACUAUCAAUGGAGCCAAUGUUUAAGAGGAGCAGAGCUCCGGACCAGCAGAUGCGAUUCGCCACAGUAAAUCGAGUGUCUAUCAAUGUUAUAGAUAGUCCUCCUUAAUAAUAACUUUAACUUUGUAUUCUAAUUCCAACAUGAAUAAGAUCUAGAUAUUGGAGAUUGUUAACAGAUAAAGAAAGAUGGCUGAAAUUUCUUAGUCAUACAUUGCCAUUGAUGGAGCAAACCAUACCAUGCAUGAAUGUGUUUUGACUAUAACAUACCUAAUUUACAAAUCAGUUUAUAUCUGAGGUAUGUAUGUUUGACUCAUUCCCUUUGCCUCAACAUAUUAAGAUCUUAAUAGCUCAGAGAAUUGAAAAGUAUGCAUGUAAGUCACCCAAAUUUCUCGCUAUUUACUCUUAAGAGUUGUUAGUUAUUAAACUCUUCUUUCGGUUCUGCAUUCCACUCAGUGUGUAAAUAACUUAAGUUGUAAAUUAUUAGCAGAAAGAAAAUUCCAAUUUCAAAUGGCUUGAUGUUUCA